AUGCCCUCCGAAUCGAUGGCAAUCGCCUCAGAACACCAACUAUCCGCUUUGGAUCAACAUGUAGCUCCAGGAUUGAGACUAUGGAUGCUGAUCGCACUUGUUCUUGGUGUACUUCUUAUAAUGAUUGUUUUGGUCUGUUGUUUCAUGCGAAUCAGAAUUCCCCGAACGAAACGUCAGAUUGAUUUGAUUGCAGCAAAGCGGAAAAUGCGGAACAAAAGAGCGAAGGCCGUUGCUGAUGAACGUUCUCAAGCAAUCGUGAUGAGCUCACUACGACCGAAAGCGAGCACUGUGUCGAAGCCUUCCACCACACAACAACCACCGUUAGAAACUGGAAAGCAGCCUCUUGUUCACAAGGGCUCUAAGCAACAUACUGAAGUCUGA